CAAGCUCCGCCCUCACCUCCGGAGGCGGAGACCAACCGUUCUUGCUAAGCCCCGCCCUCACCUCGGAUUCUUCUGAGAACCCGCCCCUCCUCUAAUCCCUGCCCUCACCUCACCUCACACAGAGCUGAGAACCCGCCCUACUUGAUAACCCCGCCCCUCACCUAAUACGGAUAAGCUCCCGCCCCUUACCCACUUAGUACCGCCCUCUCCAGGGACUCUGCUGAGAACACGCCCCUUCUCCACCAAGCCCCGCCCCUUACUCCAGUUUCUUCUGGGAACCUUCCUAUCUAAGCCCAGCCCCUCACAUCAAACUUCUGAGACCCUUGCUCUUCUCUGCUUAGCUUUGCCUUCACCCUCAGUCUAAGAAACUGUUCUCCGUAGUACCCGCUUCUCAUCGCAGACUUCGCUGAGUACACGCCCCUUCAGCCCCACCUUUCUCAGAUUAAGCUCUUAGGUCGUCGCUGGCAGAGGCUGCGCUUGCGCACACAUAGCUUGUAGGAAACCUCCCAGCGUUCCUCGGUUGACAGCGUCUGGGUAAGGCAGCUAGCGGGCGCUUGUUAGGGAGUGGGAGCCCGAGCGCUGCGGGCAGGGGAGAUCCUCGUGGUCCCUGUGUUUUCUGUCUGGAGGUAGGCAGGCGGUUGCGUGGAAUCUAGGGGGCACGAAAGCUCAGACGACUGGGCGUCCGGAUCUAAGUCUGUGCUUGGGUGUGCCAGGCCCGUGCGUGUGUGAAAGGAACUGGGCUGUAAGUUUUCGGUGUGAGAGAGGGAGACAGAGUCUGAGAGAAAUAAGUGCUGUGAUUGUGAGAGAACUGUGAAAUGUAUGAUGAUAAGUGUGUCUUCCAGUGAUCUGCAUUACAGCACUUAAAUGCUUGGAAUCUCCAAAGUAAUAAAUACCUUGUUGACUGCUCUUGAUUGAUGGCUGACAAGACUCAAGGUAGUUUCAGAGUCGGUGCUGAUCAUCGCAGACGCUAAACGGGAUUAGAGGAUCAGUCCCAAACCCCAUCCAGGAGAGGACAGGAGCUGAGGUUGAUCACCAGAUGCCAGUCCUUUUGUUGAUGUUUCGAGACAGAAUGUCAUGUAAUCCAGCAGUCCUCAAACUCUUUAUUUCCCUAAUCCCUGAGAGGAUGGGUUGGAGGAAGACAUCCCAUUUAGGACUGCGUGUUCCAAGAUCUCUCGCUCUGUGUACACUGUCCAGGAGCUUGUCUUUGUGUCAGUUCUCAUCUCCUGCCAGAGGACGCUUCUUUGAUAAUGGGUUGGACUUCCCAGGAUACAGUUGUUCUCCAAGAGAGAAGCCAGGAGGAGGAUAAGACAUGACAGUUGAACUAAUGAAAGCCAUGCUACAGGAAGCAGUGACAUUCAACGAUGUUGCAAUAGACUUUUCUCCGGAGGAGUGGGACUGGCUGAAUCCUGCUCAGAGGAGUUUGUACAGGACUGUGGUGCUGGAGAACUACCGGAACUUGGUCUCUGUGGGAGCUUGCAUUUCCAAACCAUCUCUAAUCUCCUUAUUGGAACAUGGGAAGGAGCCUUGGGAGGUGAAGGGUCAGGUGACAGGAAGCAGAGUACAAGGUGGUAAAUCUGUACAGAAGACACACGAAUUAUCUCUCAGGCAGUUGGUGUUUGAGGAUGUGGCAGUGGAGAACACUACAAGUCUUGGUUGUGAGUCUCUCACUUCUGGAAGGAAGCAGAAAUGCAAAGACCUUCUGGAUAGACAGAUGAGUCAAGAAAUAUUUAACCUGAAAGAAACAGUCACUCACAAAGGAACCCACACUAAAGAAAUAGGCUACAAACACACCGAAUCCUUAAAAUCUGCCCAUCUGGAUAGUGUAGAAGAGAAUAUUUAUACUCACAAGUCAAAUAAGAAAAGCUUCUCCAAAAAUCCCAAGGUAUGGAAAUACAAGAAAAUCUGGGCAGGGAAGACCAUUUUUAAAUGUAAUGAAUGUGAGAAAACCUUCACCCACAGCUCAGCUGUUACAGUUCACCAGAGAAUUCACACGGGGGAGAAACCAUAUCAAUGCACCGUCUGCGGAAAGGCCUUCAAGCAGAGCCACCACCUGGCUCAGCACCACACAACACACACCCACGAGAAACUCUUCCAGUGUGAGGAAUGUAAGAAAGCCUUCAGCCAGAAUUCAUACCUCACUGUACACCGGAGAAUUCACACCGGAGAAAAACCGUAUAAAUGUAAGGAGUGCGCAAAGUCCUUCAGGCAGCCUGCCCACCUGGCUCAGCACCACAGGAUUCACACGGGUGAGAAACCUUACAAGUGUGAAAUCUGUGGGAAAGCCUUUAACCACAGCAUGUCACUCACUGGCCACCAAAGAGUACAUUCUGGAGAGAAACCAUAUAAAUGCAAGGACUGUGGGAAAGCUUUUCGGCAGAGUAUACACCUUGUUGUUCACUCAAGAAUUCAUACUGGAGAAGAGCCCUAUGAAUGUAACGAAUGUGGGAAGACCUUUAGGGAGAGUUCCCAGCUGACUAUUCAUCAGAGAAACCACACGGGAGAAAAACCUUUUGAAUGUAAGCAGUGUGGUAAAUUUUUCAAUAGAAGUGCCUAUCUUGCCAGACAUCAGAAAAUCCAUACAGGAGAGAAACCUUAUGAGUGUAAUGAAUGCGGCAAAACCUUCACACAUGCUGCCUAUCUUAUAAGACACAAGAGGGUCCAUACUGGAGAGAAGCCUUACAAAUGUGCGGAAUGUGGAAAGGCAUUUGGUGAUGGCUCCUCCCGUGCUCAGCAUCAGAGACUUCACACUGGUCAGAGGCCCUAUGUAUGUGAGAAAUGUGGAAGGGCCUUCAGAAGAAAGUCAUCCCUUAAUUGCCACCAAAGGUAUCACACUGGAAAGAAACUGUAAAAAUGUGUCCCCCAUGGCAAACCCUUUAGCCGCCUACGAACCUGUAGCGUUCAUCAGAGAAUUUAGCUUUCAACCAGAUUGUUCACUGUACUCUACAUGGAAGAUCUCACACAGGUCAAAGAGCUCUUAGGAAUGUAAGGGAUGGGGAGAAAUCUUCAGUAAAUGUUCCUAAACCACCCAUCAUUGGUGAGUUCUUGAUGCAGUCAUCUCAGGCAUCCCUCCCUGUCCUCAGGUCCUGUGCAUAUACCUGCUAAGUAUUUCCAUUUAGGUUUGGCCCCUUAGCCUCCUGAUCCAAAACACAAUUGUUUUGCUUGGACUUUUUCAAAUGUCUGUAAUCCAUCUUGUUUCCUUCAAGUUUAUUACUCAUUUAUUUUACAGUCAGAAAAUUUCUUUUUAAAAAUAUACAUGUUAUUUAUGUAACUCUUCUAAUACUCAUUGUAAAAUGUUUAUUUAAUGCACAUAAAAUGUUUAGCCACAUGAUUGACUGUAUUAAGUUUGGAUGGAGAACAUCCCUUCAAUGAUUAGGAGACACAUCAGCACAGAACACAGAGAGGCCACACACAGAGGCAAAGGAACAUGAGGGGGUAUCCCUGAGCCAAUGCUUUAUUGGGCCCAGGGUUACAGAUUUCCUUUGUUGAGUCGCAACAAGCAGGCAUGAGUUCUGGGAGGUCAUCUCAGGUGUAGAAAGUGAUCAUUGCGACAUAUGUGCCCAGUCCAUCUUCAGCAGUGCAUUUAAAGGGAGCAGUGAAGGCAGGCAGCCCCCUUUGACGGGUUCUUGUUCUUGGCACCAGCUUGAGCCACUUGUGGAUGGUGUGAUACUAGGAAGUGUCAAAGGUGACUGACCUACACCUCCAGCCUGGGAAAGUUAAAACUUCAAUGAAAUAGAUACCAAGAGAACAUAAAAUGAAAGGACUUCAAUACACUGACCCAUAGGGGUGCUUAGAAAAUGUGUUAGACCAGAAAAAUUAUUUCUAAACCAUGGCCUCUCAAAUUUGGAACUUAGGUGAUGACAACAAUUUAGAAACUGAAAGUGUCUUCAGGUGGAACAAUUAGUAUGUGUAGUGUAUUUAAGAUGGAAGCUUUCUAAUGAUCCUAAAGGUUAUGUUUUCUUAUUGGUAAAGAAAUUAAAUCUGGUCUGGUACGUAGAAUCUGUUUUAGGAAGUGCCUAGAAGUUAAAGACUGGAACAAAGAAUUAGAAUUUAUUUGGGAAAAAAUACACAUGUGUAUAUAUAGUCUAGGUCACAAAAGAAACAUUCUUAUAUUUACUAACAAGCCCCCAGCAGGCCAGUCUAGCCGAAACAGGGAGCCCCAGGCUUACCAUGAGAUCCUAUCUCAAAAUGUAAGGUGGAGGGCGACAGACUCCCAACACCGACUAAUGGUCUCCACACACACGCACAUGGGCAAUCAAGCCUACAAAUGCAUAUAUACAAAUAAAUAAAUAAAAGUAAAAUUUGAAAGGGUGAUUGUGGCUGUGUUUGGAGGCACACACAUCUCAUUUCAGCACUCUGGAGGUAGAGACAGAUGGGUCUCUGAGUUAGAGAUCAGCCAGGUUUACAGAGUUCUAGGGCAGUCAGGGCUACAUAGCGAGGCCUUGGAUAAAAACAAACUGAAAGAUCACAUGCAAGAUGAGUACACACUGCAGAAAUAGGAAAACAGGGGACACAAACUUCCAUUCUCGUUGUUCCAGAGGACUCUGGGUGGUUUUUGUAAAGUCCAUCUCAUGGUAGGUUCUGUUGGACUGUAUGCCUGCCUUUCCUUGUUUAUCCUAAGUUCAUUCUCUUCCUCUACCCCCCACCCAAUUUGUUAUCAAAUUGCCAGGGCUGGCGAGAUGGCUCAGUGGUUAAGAGCGCUUGCUGGUUUUGCAGAGGACUUGGAUUUGGGUCCCAGCACCCAUAUAGCAGCUCACAACUGUCUGUAACCCAACUUCCAGGGGAUGCUCUUUUCUGGGCUCCACAAGAACUGUAGGCACGCAAUGCACACAAUACAUGAAGACAAAACACUCAUCCACAUAAAAUAAAAGCAAGUCUUUCAGGGGCUGGAGAGAUGGCUCAGAUGUUAAGAGCAGUCUGCUCUUCCCAAAAUCCUGAGUUCAAUUCCCAGCAACCAUAUGGUGGCUCACAACCAUUUAUCCUGGGAUCUGAUGCCCUCUUCUGGAAAGCGGAUGUACAUACAGAUAGAGCAUCAUUUACAUAAAAUAAUAAACCAACCUUUCAAAAAAUCUUUGUGGUGACAAUGCUGCAAUAUUGUUUUUGCUUAAGAAUUUUUUAGUAUAAAAUUUCCUUCUGGUUAUAUGAGGUGUUUGUGAAGCAUAAAUGGUUUUAUAUUUAGAUGUUGGUUUCUUUUCUAAAAUAUUUCAUUACGGUAUGCACAUAUUUACCACUCAGAAAAAAAAAUAACACUUUUGUUCUCAAACAUUUUAUAUAAAGAAUAUUCUGCUUGCUCAGCGGUAGUGACACACACUUUUAAAACCAGCCCUUCCAGAGGCAGAGGCAGGCAGAUCUCCGAGUUCGAGGCCAGCCUGGUCUACAGAGUGAGUUCCAGAACAUCCAGAGCCACACAACACUCUCUCAGAUGAUAACUGAAUGACAAAAAUAGGCAGCUCACAGUCCUAAAUGGGACAUUCUUGUAUACCUUCUCAAGGGUCUGGGAACAUCGUAUUAGACGAAGGAGAAAGAAUGUAAGAGUCUGAGAAUGGCAAGGAGUGCUGUGGAAUGGUUUUGGGCAUGUUGUGCUCAUGAACUCAUAGAAACUGAUUACCAGCACAAGAUUGCUGGUAAUUACCAGCGCCGAUCAAUAUUAUAGCCAUUGAUAGAGGAAGGGCGUACCCCUCCACACCUAGCUGAGGAGCUAUAAGCAAAUGAUGGCAGCUGAGAGAGUGGGAGUCAUUUUUCUUUGGGGAUGUGGCCUCUGGUAGAUUGUUCAUGUCACACUCCACUGGUAUACUGGUAGGCGGCACUAACAGGGCUAUAUUUAAAAAAAAAGUGUGGUGGGGUGGCAAAAGGAAUGUGGAAGUAUUGGGGAUGGUUGGGAGAGGAGAUGUGUUGGAUAUGAUCAAGAUACAGUAUAUAUACAUGUAUGAAACCGACAAAGAAUAAACUGCGCUCCCCUCACCUCA